CAGAUGGCGCGUAUAGUCCUUUUCGAGUGUAAAAUUCUGUGGAUAAAUUCUACCGGACCGGGGACCGGUUUCCAUUACCAUUCACGUCUUUGAAGCGAAAGUUCGUUGAAUAGUGAUUUUACGGAAAAUACAAAAAAUUUAAAACAUAAUCAUGCCAGUCCCAGCACUUCAGAAACCUGCUCCUGCUUUCCGUGGUACUGCUGUUGUAAAUGGAGAAUUUAAAGAGAUUUCUCUUUCUGACUAUAAGGGGAAAUAUCUUAUACUAUUCUUUUAUCCAUUAGACUUUACAUUUGUUUGUCCAACUGAAAUCAUUGCUUUCUCCGAUCGUGUUCAAGAAUUUGAGCAAAUUGGUUGUAAAGUCAUUGCUGCAUCUACUGAUUCUCACUUCAGUCACUUAGCAUGGGUAAAUACACCACGUAAACAAGGUGGGCUUGGUGAAAUGAACAUUCCACUUCUCGCUGACAAAAAUUCUAAAAUUGCACGCGAUUAUGGUGUGCUUGACGAAGAAAGUGGAAUUCCAUUCCGUGGUCUCUUUAUCAUAGAUGAUAAACAAAAUUUACGUCAAAUUACUAUUAAUGAUUUACCAGUUGGCAGAUCUGUUGAUGAGACCCUGCGUUUAGUUCAAGCAUUCCAAUAUACUGAUAAACAUGGAGAAGUGUGUCCAGCUGGUUGGAAACCAGGAAAGAAGACUAUGAAGCCUGAUGUUGUUGGCUCUAAAGAAUAUUUCAAAGAUCAAUAAAUGAACCACUUUAAAAACUUCAUAUAUUUUACUAAUAUUAUAAUAUUUUAAUCUCAACUGGAAACCAGUAGAUUGUUUUGUAAUGAAAUAUUUAAAUAUCAGUGGUGAUUAUAUUUUCAAUAUGAAAUAUUUUCAUUCCUUAUAAUAAAUAAGUGUCUUUCAUAUAUUGUGUA